UUCACACCGAUAGAUCUCGAUCGAACGUUUUCUCCGAUUGGAUUUUUGGGUGAUUUUGCUAUUCGCCGGAAUUUAAAUCGGACGGGAGGAGUCGCUUCUCUUCUCUGAGUAAUUUAUUCCCGUGUGUGUGAGAGACGGUUAUGGAUGAACAAAUACAAGUGUAAAACGAUGCCGGGUUUAACACACAUGAAUGAGCAUUACUCUUCUUCUGGGUUUUGGUCUGAGGAUGAAGAUGGUGUUACCUACGAUCAGUUGGAAGAGUUCUGGAGUGAGCUGUCGCCGAAAGCUAGGCAGGAGCUUCUUAGGAUUGACAAGCAGGCUCUAUUUGAGCAAGCUCGUAAGAACAUGUGCUGUUCCAGAUGCCUUGGCCUGCUGCUUGAAGGCUUCGUGCAGAUUGUUUCAACUGGGAGGGCCGCGUACGAAAAAAGGUUUCCUUGCAACAAAUCAGGAGCCUCUAAAGAUCAAAUUAACGGUAAAUCAGUUGGCACUAGGAAAUGUACGGUUGCGUACCAGAGCCCUUCUAUUCAUCGAUGGGGAGGUCUCACCACAACGCGCGACGGAUGUCUCACACUUCUUGACUGCUUUUUGAAUGCAAAAACUUUCAAAGGGCUUCAAACUGUGUUUGAAAGUGCCCGUGCUCGAGAGAGGGAACGUGAGUUGCUUUAUCCUGAUGCUUGUGGUGGCGGAGGUCGGGUAUGGCUUAGUCAAGGGAUUGCUGGUUUUGGUAAAGGUCAUGGAACAAGAGAAACAUGUGCUUUGCAUACCACGAGGCUCUCUUGUGAUACAUUAGUGGAUUUUUGGUCUGCACUUGAAGAGCAAAGUCGACAGUCACUUUUGAGGAUAAAAGAAGAGGAUUUUGUGGAAAGACUAACUUACAGAUUUGACUGCAAGAAGUUUUGUAGAGACUGCAGAAGAAAUGUUAUUCGGGAGUUUAAAGAACUUAAGGAACUUAAACGAAUGCAGAGAGAACCAAGAUGUACCGACUGGUUUUGUGUUGCCGAUACAGCCUUUCAGUAUGAGGUGGACAUUGAUUCCGUCCGAGCAGAUUGGAGUCAAUAUUUUACAGAGAAUGCUGGAUAUCAUCAAUUCGAGUGGGCUAUUGGAACUGGAGAAGGCGAAUCUGAUAUCCGCGAUUUCAAAUAUGUAGGCAAUGAUCGGAGUGCCCAAGUCAAUGGCCUAGACCUUCGGGGAUUACACGAAUGCUACAUUACUCUUAGGGCAUUUAAAAAAAAUGGCCGCUCCUCGGAAAUAUCUGUCAAAGCCCAUGCAUUGAGAGGUCAACAGUGCGUUCACUCCAGGCUUGUGGUUGGGGAUGGCUUUGUUUCAAUUAAAAGAGGGGAAUGCAUUCGAAUGUUUUUUGAGCAUGCUGAAGAGGCUGAGGAAGAAGAGGAUGAAGUCAUGAUAGACAAAGAUGGAAAUGAGCUUGAUGGUGAGUGCUUGCGUCCACAAAAGCAUGCUAAGAGUCCAGAACUUGCUCGAGAGUUUCUUUUAGAUGCUGCAACGGUUAUUUUCAAGGAGCAGGUUGAAAAGGCAUUUAGGGAUGGUACAGCCCGUCAAAAUGCACACAGUAUAUUUGUCUGCCUUUCAUCGAAACUAUUAGAGCAACGUGUUCAUAUUGCCUGCAAGGAAAUUGUCACCUUGGAGAAGCAGAACAAACUUCUUGAGGAAGAAGAGAAAGAAAAGCGUGAAGAAGAGGAGCGAAAAGAGAGGAAACGAAUUAAAGAAAGGGAGAAAAAACUUCGUAGAAAGGAGAGAUUGAAGGAAAAAGAACGAGAAAAAGAGCAGAAGAAUCCAAAAUUUAGUGAUAAAGCAAUACUGCCAAAUAUGUCAAGGGAAGAAGAAUGCUCUCCAAAUCUUGAUGAGGAAAAUAACAAUACCAUAAGAUGCGAGGAGUCCGGAAUUGAAAAUGGAAAUGUAGAUUUGUCUUCACCUGGUUCUCCUGAUGAUCAAGAUGAAGAGUGUUUGGAUGGUUGCGCUUCUCCAAGAGCUGAAACCCACUCUUGUGAUAGCACUGAUAGGGAGAUUAUAGAUCAUGAAGAUGAAAACAGCUGCUUUACAAAUGAAAAUCCAAGACCUGCUCAUCAGACAGCAAGAUUAUGGAAAGAGGCUCAGACUGAUCAUGCUUUGAGAUGGUCAGAAAAACGCAGAUUUACAGAGAAUGCUUCUUCUGUCAGUAGUACUGAGGCAGGAUACUGUAAUGAUAGAUUAGAAAUGCCUUCACGACACUUCAAUGGGUCAGAUAAAAAUUUGAGAGUGAAAGCUUCGAAAACUGGUGGUAGCCCAGAUAGCAUUAGGUCUCAUGAGGAGUUUCAGUGUUCAGACGACAGGACUGGGGAGAGGUAUGAUCACCAUUCUUGCAGUUGCAAACCCAUUAAUGGGUACCGGGAAAAUGUAGAGUCUAAUCUAUCUGCAACCAGAGGCAUGCGAGAACCCAAAUCAGUAUUCAAAUCAGAGUCUGAUCUGGAUGUCUCCAAGCUUAACCGAGCCAAUAGGUAUAAUCAAUCAGGCUAUAGACGAGAGAUAAGAAGUAAAAUGAAUAACAGUCGAAACGCUUGUAAGAUGGAUCCAGUAAAUGCGAGAAAGGUCUUGGACUCCGUGGAGCUGAAGCAUCCACGAAACAGCUCAAACUCUAACGUAUCAUCACUUACAUGUUCAACAUACAAGGCAGAAGAGAUUGAAGUUGUAAGUCCCACUGUGAAGUCAGCUUGCACACUGUCUCUAUGCAAGGCUACAGAUAAGUUGGGUAAUGGGAAUCUUAAUAAUUCAACCGAGGUAGACAAGAAGAUGGAAGUUCACAUAACACUGAAGAAUGAUUACCUGUACUCGAAAGAUCCUAUGAUGAGUAGAACUUCCAGUUCAGACAAUUGCUCUUCAUGUCCCAGUGAAGGAGAUAGCAAUACAGCUUCUUCAAACAACGGAAACAUUGAAUCCUCCUCGUUGUCUGAUUCCGAAGAUGCCAGUCAGCAAUCUGAAGGAAGAGAGAAUCUAGUGGAUACUCGGAACGAUAUGCCCGACUGUCACGAGAAGAUGGUAGAGAAAGUGACAGAGAUGAGUAUGGAUGAAAGAGAUGUUUUAAGGAUUAAGAAUAUGUCUAACCUUCCAGCUGACAACGGGGAAAGUAAAUUAUCAGGAACUCCUUUUAUGGUUCCUAGCCAAAACAUGGAAAAUAUGGUACCUGGUGUUAAUACUGGUUCCUACCUAUCCCAGCCACAAAACAUGAUGUUCCCCCAGAUGCUUAACCAGAGUAUACCAUUGCCAGUCUUCCAGACUCCUUCAACAAUGGGUUACUAUCAUCAAGCUCCAGUCUCUUGGUCUUCAGCUCCAGCCAACGGAUUAAUGCAAUUCCCUCAUCCUAACCAUUAUGUAUACACUGGUCCUCUUGGAUACAGUGUGAAUGGAGAGUCUCCUUUAUGCGUGCAGUACGGGACCCCAUUGAGCCAUCCAGCAGCCCCUUUCUUCAAUUCCGGGGCAGUUCCAGUUUUCCAUCCGUAUGCUGAAACCACCACAAUGAACACUGUUGACCAAGCUCAAGCUCUUGAGCCAUUGGAACACAGUUUUCUGAAGGAAGCAAAUGAGAGGAAGUUAAACGAAAUGCCUCCAAUGGAAACUCCAAGGAGAGGAGGUCUACAACAUGAUAGUGAUGAGAACUUCUCCUUGUUCCACUUUGGUGGCCCGGUUGCUCUGUCCACAGGAAGUAAAUCGAAUCCUGCUCGUUCGAAAGAUGGGACUUUGGGGGAUUUCUCGUUGCAAUUCUCAGGAGAUCAUGUUUUUAGUGAUCCAACCGGCAAUAGCAAGAAGGAGAAAGAGAACACAGUUGGUGAAGAGUACAACUUGUUUGCGACAAGUAACAGUUUGAGGUUUUCUAUCUUCUAAAGUUUUUUAUACAAUUUCUUGGAUUGUUUGGCGUCAUGAAGAACGCAGUAAAAUACCUUUGGUUUU